GAUAUAGACCGAUCAAAGAAAACAGGACGUCUGUCUAUGGAACGAGAAAAUUUUCUAUGUCAAGCAUAAGAAAAAAUAUUAAACAAAGAAUUUAUGUGAGCAAAAAAUUAAAAUUUUUAAGUUGAAGUAUUAUAUUAUCCUGUAACAGUUUUACGGUCUGUACAUCGAAGAAACAGCAAAAUGAACAUUGAUGAUGACUACGAGGAUUCAGGAAAUGAAACUAGUGGAGAUGAUGUUGAUUUUGCUAUAGAUGGGGAAACUUCAGCCAACAAAGAGCUACAGAGUUAUGAUGAUGAUUACCAGUAUGAAGUUCUAUCCACAGAAGAUAUUGUUCAACACAUGGUAGACUGCAUCAAAGAGGUGAACAAUGUUGUUCAAAUACCUUCAACAUCAACUAGAAUUUUACUGAAUUAUUUCAAUUGGGAUAAGGAAAAAUUAAUGGAAAGGUUCUAUGAUGGCAAUCAAGAUGAACUAUUCAAAGAAGCUCAUGUUGUUAAUCCAUUCAAAAAAUUAUCAGUAGUUCCCAAACCAAAAGUAUCUAGAAAAUUUUUAGGCAAUGAAGAAUGUGAUAUCUGUUUUAUGACAUACUCUCCAUCAGACAUGACAGGAUUAGAAUGCGGACAUCGUUUCUGUUAUCAGUGCUGGAAUGAGUAUUUAACAACGAAAAUAAUGGAAGAAGGGGUUGGCCAAACUAUUGCAUGCGCAGCUCAUAAUUGUCCCAUUUUAGUGGAUGAUGAAACUGCAAUGAGGUUAUUGCAGGAACCUAGAGUGAAAUUAAAAUAUCAGCACCUCAUAACAAAUAGUUUUGUUGAAUGUAAUAGGUUAUUACGAUGGUGUCCAAGUCCAGAUUGUACAUAUGCAAUAAAGGUUGCUUAUGUUGAUUCCAAACCAGUAGCAUGCCGUUGCGGACAUGUCUUUUGCUUUAUGUGUGGAGAAAAUUGGCACGAUCCAGUUAGGUGCCAACUGUUGAAGAAAUGGAUCAAAAAGUGUGAUGAUGAUUCAGAAACUUCUAAUUGGAUCGCAGCCAAUACAAAAGAAUGUCCAAAAUGUAAUGCUACUAUCGAGAAGGACGGAGGCUGCAACCAUAUGGUGUGUAAAAACCAAAACUGCAAAGCUGAUUUCUGCUGGGUAUGCUUAGGACCUUGGGAGCCACAUGGUAGCUCCUGGUAUAACUGUAAUAGAUAUGACGAAGAUGAAGCCAAGGCGGCCAGGGAUGCCCAGGAAAAAUCACGUGCUGCAUUACAAAGAUACUUGUUUUAUUGUAAUAGGUAUAUGAACCAUAUGCAGUCUUUAAAGUUUGAACAUAAACUAUAUGCUGCUGUCAAGGACAAAAUGGAAGAAAUGCAACAACACAAUAUGAGUUGGAUAGAAGUUCAAUUUUUGAAGAAAGCAGUUGACAUUCUGUGCCAAUGCAGACAAACGUUGAUGUACACUUAUGUUUUCGCUUACUACCUGAAGAAAAAUAAUCAAUCGGUGAUUUUCGAGGAGAACCAGAAAGAUCUAGAAAGGGCGACGGAAUUGCUCAGUGAAUAUCUGGAAAGGGAUAUAACCCAAGAAAAUUUAGUUGACAUCAAGCAGAAGGUACAAGACAAAUAUAGAUAUUGUGAUGGCCGAAGAAAAGCACUGCUCAUACAUGUUCAUGAAGGAUAUGAAAAAGACUGGUGGUUGUAUAGUGAAUGAAUAAAAUUGCCAAUGUAGAGUGUUCCCCAAAAAGUGAUGUAUCUUGCUCAUAUUUGGUAAUUUGAGAGUUGUGAUCAACAAACCUUAUUUUCGAAUCUCAAUUAACUUUUUGGGGCGCAUCUCUUCUAGUUUCUUCUA